CGGGAGGCACGGGCGGGUCGCGGUCCUCUCGAGUCCUUCUCCUCGUCGCCGUCGUCGAGACCCGCCCCUUUCCAUCCAACCAUCCCUGGCCGCUUUGGCGCAAGUCGAUCCGGGGACUCCGGCCGAUCGGCCCCCCCCCGCCGCCGGCCACCCGAGAUCUGAGGGCCCCGCCGGGCCGGCCUGCGCCGUGCCAUGGCCGCCGCGGGAGGGGGCCACACGGUCCUGCUGACGAGCGACGGCGCAGCCGUGGCCUGCGGCAGCAACGACUGCGGCCAGUGCGGCCCUCCCUCUCCCGCCGCAGGCCAGGUCUACGCGCAGGUCGCGGCCGGGUGGCUCCACGCAGUUCUGCUCACGAGCGACGGCACGGCCGUGGCCUGCGGCAGCAACGACUGCGGCCAGUGCGACCCUCCAGUUCAGGUCGCGGGCCAGAACUACACGCAGGUCGCCGCUGGAAGGAUCCACACAGUACUGCUGACCAGCGACGGCACGGCCGUGGCCUGCGGCGGCGGAUGCCGACGGCCAGUGCGACCUGCCUGGCACGGCCGUGCUCUGCGGCAGCCGCGGCAGCGACGGCCCCGGCGACGCCCACGACCCAGCCGCGGGCCGCGCCUACACGCAGGUGGCCGCGGGAGGGCGCCACUCGGUGCUGCUGACGAGCGACGGUGCGGCCCUGGCCUGCGGCAGCAACGGCCACGGCCAGUGCGACCUGCCGGCGCCGGCCCCGGGCCGGGCUUGCGCGCAGGUCGCCGCGGGGUGGCGCCACACGGUGCUGCUGGCGAGCGACGGCACGGCCCUGGCCUGCGGCAGCAAGGACUGAAUGCGACAUCCCAGGGCUGGUCGCCGGCCAGACGUACACGCACGUCGCCGCCGGAGAGCUGCACACGCUCCUGCUGAGGAGCGACGGCACGGCCUUGGCCUGCGGCAGCAACGAUUACGGCCAGUGUGAUGUCCCGAAGCUUGUCGCAGGCCAGACUUACACGGCUCCUCUUCUGCAGACGCUGCUCCUGCAGGCGUCGUUCGAUGGCGGCUCGGUGCGUUUUGUGACCUUUGGCGCGGUGGAGCGCCACCGCAUCGGCGCAAGACCGUCCUCUCGCCUGGCAGACAUACGUGACCAGCUCGUGAGUGAUGCUCGCGGUGGCAGGCUCGGCUCUGGAGUCGGCCGAGUAGAAGCCGUCCUGCCGGACGGCCGGCUGAUGAGCAGUGCUUCGGCCGAUGAGACGGUCGCCGGUGCUUUCGGGGGCGAUCCCGCCAGGCUGAGCCGCCCAAGCCAAGUCAGCGAGGCAUCGUUGGCCAGGAUGGUCUCCUCCACCCCCUGAGCUUCUCCUCCAGCCUCCUACUUUUUGAUGUUCGGCAAAUUGGAUCGACUGGGGUCGUAGCGUCAGGACA